ACUGGCGCAAGGCGAAUGUGGUGCCAAUCUUCAAAAAGGGCUCUAGGUCUUCCCCAGGAAACUAUAGACUGGUUCCGCUUUCUGCCCUUGACGGGGAACAUGGCGUCUGCAACCAGACUGAUUCAGAAGCUGAGGAACUGGGCGUCUGGGCAUAAUCUACAAGAAAAAUUACAGCUACGUUAUACAGAAAUUGCAAGCAGGACCCAGCCUCCACCAAAUCUUCCAGUGGGUCCAAGUCACAAGUUUGCUAACAACUACUACUGCACUCGAGAUGGACGAAGAGAAACUGUACCUCCAAAUAUCAUUAUGUCACCACAAAAGGCUCUGGUGUCAGAAUCCUCACCCAGCUCUGACGUGACUGUUGCUAAAGCACUAAAGAAGCCAGUAACACCAGGACCUUGUCCUCCCAAGCUGAAGUUGUCAAGUGAUGAGCCGUAUCUGUGAAGAUAUCCUGCAAAAACUGAAUCUGAAAUAUGUGCAUCUAUUCAAUUAUUGUAUUAAUAAAAAUAGAGAGAAAAAAUGUGGAAUUAACAAAUCUAAUCUUUAUAGAAUUAAAUUGUUUCUCUUGUUUCAAA